AAUCACCUCUGGGUUUUUUAUUUUUUGCUAAACAAACCAAAAACAACUGAAAAUUUAGAAAAAAAAAGUUUUUUCUUAGUUUCUGUUAUAAAAGUUUGUAAAUAAGUGAUUUUUCUCCUUCACUGAUGUGCGCUAAUGAGGCUGCAGUGAUGGGCACUGAUAGGCGGCACUGAUGGGCACUGAUCUUGCAUUGAUGGGCACUUGCAGGUGGCACUGACAGACGGCACAGAUGGGGCUACACUG